CCAAACCACCUGCCACCAUUUCAAAUGGCUAUUCUUCCUGGUAAACAUUGGUGAAGAACUGACCACCCUGCCUGCUCACCUCUGCCCAGAGGAACAAUGAAGUCAGUCAUGCCGAACAAUUGCUGACCCAUGAGUUAUGUUCCGGUGAAUGAGAUGAGCCCACAGGAUAGCAGAGUGAAUACUCACUCUUGACUGACUACAGUCCCCUGUACAAGCUAACGUACGAGCAUGGCGAAUAAAUCAGUCUAUGAUUUCUCUGCUGAGACCCUGGAGGGACAGCUGGUUCCGCUGAGUAAGUACAGGGGCAUGGUGCUUCUCAUCGUCAACGUUGCCACCUUCUGAGGGUCAACAAUAGAGGAGUACCACCGACUGAAUGCACUGAUGGAAAUGUUUGGCGACCUCAGCUUCACUGUCUUAGGAUUCUCCUGCAACCAAUUCGGUCUUCAGUCACCUGAGGUCAACCAUGAAACUCUCAACAUCCUGAAAUAUGCGCGACCUGGUGGAGGGUUUGUGCCAAAGUUUCCUGUCUUUUCUAAGGUUGAGGUGAAUGGAUUAAAUGAAGAGCCUCUUUUCACCUAUCUCAAGGAAUCUCUGACAUUUGUGAACCCUGUUAUUGGAGACAUAAAGAAAUUCUACUGGUCCCCAAUCAAAGUCAAUGACAUUCGGUGGAAUUUUGAGAAGUUUCUCAUUACAGCAGAUGGCCUUCCCUUCAAAAGAUAUGAACUUCACUGCCCCAUUGAGAAAGUGGAGAAGGACAUAGCAGAACUUCUCUGACUGACUUUUUUCAGUUCAACACCGGUGGCAGCAUGACGAUCCCCCAGUAAAUGCACACGUGCACCUGAGCUGGAUCUGAUGGGAAGAGGACCAGGACUCAGAGCUUCAGUGCAUUCACUCUGAGAAAAGUUCCAUUCCGCCACGGGAGGAGUUUUCAUGUCUUUUCUCUAAUGUGAUGGAGUCUGCUACUCAAGAUAAAUAAAGCACUAUUUAAAAAAAGUC